CUCCCGCAGCCCUGCGCGCCGCGGGGCGGGCAGCGGCGCCCCGGGCGGGCGCGGAGCGGCGGCCGAGGCCGGGGCGGCUGCGGGCGAAGCGCGGCCGUGCCCCCGUGCCCCCGUGCCCCCGUGCCCCCGUGCCCCCGUGCCCGUGCCCGUGCCCGUCGCCGGCAGGAUGUCGGGGUCGCGCUGCCAGACGCUGUACCCCUUCUCCGGGGAGCGGCACCGGCAGGGGCUCCGCUUCGCGGCGGGGGAGCUGAUCACGGUGCUGCAGGUGCCGGACGGCGGCUGGUGGGAAGGGCAGAAGGAGGACGGGUUGCGCGGCUGGUUCCCGGCCAGCUACGUGCAGCUCCUGGAGCAGAAACCCAGAAAGGCAACUCCUCAGACAGGAGAAGAUACCUUGAAUGGCCAUCUUCCCCCCGGCUGGCAGAGCUAUAUGUCUCCCCAGGGCCGAAGGUACUAUGUAAACACCUUCACGAAUGAAACGACCUGGGAGCGGCCAAGCAGCGUGCCUGGGACUCCAAAGAGCCCUGUGUCACAGAAGAGUUCUGCAGUGAAUGGCUACCAUGUCUCUGGGACCCCAGUACACCAGCUCGACUCUGGUCACAUGAGCCUCCGAAAAGCCAGUGGGGACCCCCAGACCCCGGGGUCCCCGGCGGCGCCGCGGCGGCAAGGCAAGGAGAGCAGCCUGACGAUAAACUGUGUGACUUUCCCCCACCCUGACAUAAUGCCAGAGCAGCAGUUGCUAAAACCUUCAGAGUGGAGCUACUGUGAUUAUUUCUGGGCUGACAAGAAGGAUUCACAAGGGAACAAUACAGUGUCUGGAUUUGAAAUUCUUCUUCAAAAGCAACUUAAAGGGAAACAAAUGCAGAAAGAAAUGGCAGAGUUCAUUCGAGAAAGGAUAAAGAUUGAGGAGGAAUAUGCUAAGAACCUGUCCAAACUGUCUCAGAAUUCCUUGGCUGCUCAGGAAGAAGGCACACUAGGAGAGGCUUGGGCUCAGCUAAAGAAGAGUCUAGCUGAUGAAGCAGAGGUUCAUCUCAAAUUUUCUUCUAAGCUUCAGAGCGAGGUAGAGAAGCCCCUGCUCAACUUCAGAGAGAACUUUAAGAAAGACAUGAAGAAGUGUGACCAUCAUAUUGCAGACUUACGGAAGCAUCUGGCCAGCCGCUACACAGCAGUGGAAAAGGCCCGGAAAGCCUUGACAGAGAGACAGAAGGAUCUGGAAAUGAAAACGCAGCAGCUAGAGGUGAAGCUCAGCAACAAGACAGAAGAGGAAAUCAAGAAGGCAAGACGGAAGUCCACUCAGGCAGGAGACGACCUGAUGCGCUGUGUGGAUCUUUACAACCAAGCCCAGUCCAAGUGGUUUGAGGAAAUGGUGACCACCACUCUGGAGCUUGAGAGACUAGAAGUUGAAAGGGUGGAGAUGAUUCGGCAACAUCUUUGCCAGUACACACAGCUGCGGCACGAGACAGACAUGUUCAACCAAAGUACAGUAGAGCUCGUGGAUCAAUUGCUUCGGAAAGUGGAUCCUGCCAAAGACAGGGAACUGUGGGUAAAAGAACACAAAACUGGAGAUAUCCGACCUGUGGACAUGGAAAUAUAAACUGAUCUAUAGUUGUAUGUGAUGAGCCCACUGAAUUAACCAGGCUAAUGUUUGUCUUGUAGGGGUCAGAAGAGCAUAGGGAAAAGGUUGUUCCACUACCAGACACCUUGUAAUUUAUGCCUGUAUGGGCUAUAUCUGUUAUAUUUAGUCAUUAAAAUGGUCCUAAUUGUGCUAAGCCUUAAGCACCAGACAUUCCAGGGUGAAGAAACCAGACGUGUGCUUCCCACAGGAGGUUCCCAAUUGCACGCAGCUUCCAGAAGAAAUCUGCUUUCUGGUACAGAGAGCGCUCUUGUUCUUCAGUGACUUUGUGCUGCAUCCCUUGCAUGACUGUCUUUAUACAGUAUGUUAGAACAACCAUGCAGUGAGCCUCUGGCCAGCAAGUAGAUAACAGUUCGAACAUGAUGCAAGAGGCAAGGAAGUCCCAUCAUGAAUCCCAGGUCUGUCACUGACUGCUUUCAUGGCCAUAGGCAAGUCAAUUAACUUUUCUGGCUCCCGGCAUCCAUGACACAGGCAUAUCUCGCAGCAAGGUUGUGCAAAUGCAUUUAUUUCAUAUUACACAGUUUCCUACCAUGACAGUGAAGUGACAGCCCUUCUCCCAGAAUCUAUGGGGAAGGCUCCUGUUCUUCCUGUUUUAUGCUCCCUCUCAGGGAUACAUAAACCCAUUGUCAUAAUGAUCUAUGUUCUAGGCCAAUCAAUAAGGUUGAAAGUGUUACCAUCACCGUUAUUUAUCAGGAAAGACUUGGUCGUGCUAUACCUACCUCAUUAGCUGUCUGAGUGCCCUCAAUGACAGAAAGAGGUUAUAUACCAAGGAAUAAAUGAGAUAUUCAAAACCUGUCCUGCUUAUGCAAGAUGUUUUAUCACAGAAUCUCCUUAAAGGCAGUCCUCUAACAUCUUAUUUGGGAUCCAGGUUUAAAUUGCCAUUUGUUGGUUCCUUCAGGUGAAUAUCACAGCCUUUAGGUAUCUUUAAUUACCAAGCUGGUCCAGCUAAAUUGUGGGUUUUAUCGUUUCAGAGCCUGAUUUUCAAAGGUGCCAUGAAUCUGCGAUGCUGGAUUGCAUUAAAUGUAGAUGUAGGUGCCCAGCACUUCUGCACCAUCAGAUUCUUAACCUUAGGUUUUUCCUUUGUUACCCUUAGCGCAAACUACCAAAAAUUUCAUUGCUGCUCUUGGCACGUAGUGUUAUGUAGUUCAGAGACUGGUGUUGAAAAGGUAUUAAUUUUAUUCUCCUGUCAUUAUUUCUGAUGGAUUAUUCAGUGUUGCUGUUAAUAUAUUUUUCAGCAUUUCAUAGAAAGCCAAGAUUCUUAACAUUCUUGCUUUAGAUCCAGCAGAAACCUUGAUUCUCACCACUGUGGCCUUUACUCAGUGUUUACUGUGUUGUUGUCUACGAUUUCCCAAACCAUACUAUGUCAUUUGAUCCACAGUUAUGCUCCACUUUAUCUCGCUGUUACCAUCCUUUUUUUCCCCAGCACCGAGACUGCAUCCUUCUUUUGUUCUUCCACUUUUCAAGGUUUUUGUUCACUAGCCUCAAAAUGCUGUAAUUAGACUAUUGAGAAUCAAUAUUCCCCUUUACAAACACAAACUGAGACACACAGAAGCCUUUCCUGAAACACAUUUUUAAUAUUGAUGCAGUGAUUAUUUUUCUGGUUUGUUAUUUCAAACUGAAUUCCGUUGCAUUUUCCCAUUGUUCCCUUUUUCUCAACCACCUCGUGACCAGGAUAGAUCCGUUCCUCUCUGGCGAAUGCCUCUGCAACCCACUUCUCUGCUGCGUCGUUAACCUUUACGAACGUUUGCACGUUUGCAGGUGCAAUGCCACAGCCACUGCAUGCUCAGCAUCGCCGCUCCUGGUGUGGCACCAUCCGUACGGCACUUCCAUUACUCACUUCUGAAUUUGCAACCGCUGUUUUAUUCUUGGUGUUGGAAGCAUCCAGCACACUGUUAUGUGAGCCUCUCCCAAGGUUCUGCGAAGGCCAUUGCAAUUCAAAGAAACACAGUUUGCCUAAGCAUCACAUAGACCUAGAGCUCAGUUAAAGUACUUACGCUUCCCUGGACUCCUCUUCUGCUGUGCAGGCGGGGAAGCUUCAUCGUGAUCUCUCCUCUUCAGUCUUCCUAUUGAUUCACCCUCUGUCCUAUUUUUUGGCAUACCAACGCAUACUUUUCCGAUCUCUACCAUGCACUUUGGAGGACAGGCACUUUUUACUUUUUUUGUUUUUUUUAAACCACAGGUGCAGAGUGAGCUUUCAAAAUUUCAGUGGCCAAAAAUAACUGGCCAAAAAUACUUAAGAGCUGCAUCUCAGGUCAACCCCUGUAUUCUAAGCUGUAUUGUAAAUUAAAAUGACCAAUCUUGACAACACCUCACCACAUUCUAGUUUUGCUUGCAAAACCAAGCUAGUUGUGCACUUUAUACAGUAUUCUCCUUAAUAAAUAUGUGAAAUAAUCUGUUAUCAAUUACACUUUAUUUUUCCUCUUUCUUUAAAGAAUUUUGUUAUUUUAUCUGUUUUGGACUGGAAAGACUGUCCAUUAGCACAGGUUUCUCUGAGGACUGAAAUGUAUUUUGGUUCCUCUGCUAAGGUGUAUUUAAGCUGCUCUCAAUGCUCAGUUUAUUUUCUGGGGUUUUUUUUACCCUUUUGUUUUAUUUCCAGACAGUUUUCCUGCUUCUAGUUCUUGGUCCAUUUGAACUGUUGUAGGAAUGUGUGAGCUGCACAGAACAAUAAUUCCCUUGAUGGAGUCUGUAUCUCCUUUUCACUUUGAUAAUCCGAGGCUGUUAAUCUUUACCAGGCCCAGCAAACCCACGCAGUGCUGCUCUGCAAUGCGUGAGGUGCUUCCUCUGCGACAGCACUCCGGUAAUUGGUGGAAGCGUUCGGGAGGUUUUGCUGUUGCUUAUAGACAGUUUCCAGCUAUUUCCUGCAAAAGAUGGUGGUCCCUUGUGCUGUGACACUGUGGACGGUGGGAUCGGUGUUACUGGGCUCAUCCACUUCUCUGGCUGAUGGGUCCUGGACAGUAUGACACCUUACGAGUCAGGGAGUGGCGGAGCCCCUGUGCUUCUGCACAGACAGCAUCUUCAGAGAGGACAGUGGCGUGUUUGAAGGGAAGCACGGGCGUCUGCCCUCAUGUUCAUUCCUAACAAGGUAACUUUGGGAGUUUUGGCAUUUCUCUGUUCGUCUUCCAUUGAGUUGCGAAAGUGCAGCCGAACCCAGUCUUUCCUCAUGCAGUAGCUCAUCCUGAACGCCUUUGGAGCAAGAUCAAGCUUUGUGUUAUGUUAAAAUAGCUAGCAUGUGGAAAGCAUGAGGAUGUUGCGGUGUAGCUGAUUAAUCGGAAUAGCACACUAAGUCUCUUGUCUCCAUAGGUUCUGAGCUUAAGGGUCAUCUUGUUUCGUCUGGCAGGUGGGCUCAGACGCUUGAUGCAAGUUUUUACUAUUUUAGUCACUACAGGUAUGAGUCUUUCUUUGUGAGUGACAAGGCUGUCUUACAUCUUCAUAUGACUCUGGGUCGCAGAGCAGAAGGUGAGCUUUCGAUUAGUACUGUUUGCUUUCACCUGAAGAGGUGCAGUUAGUGGGAGUUUUCCUCUCGUUCUUACCUGGUAACUGUGCUUGCCUGCAUCUUUGCUGAAGCUGCCUGUGUUUCAGGAGUCCAGACACUCCUGCGGAGCUUGCUCGUGCUAAGCGAUGCUGUCCCAUACUUGUCUUGUGCUGUCAAGGCUCUGGUGCCCUGGCGAUCUGUGCUUCAGCCAGAGCCUUUUGGCCCUUGUCUGAGCUCAAGGGCUUUGUGAAUUCCUAUGGCUUUAAAUCUGUUGGGUGCCCCGACUCUGGUGCCAGAGCUGGUGAGGUGCUUCCCAGCUGUAACCACAGCUACUGCACAGAAUGAGAGCAUUUUAUUUAUCAUCCAUAUCAGCCCACCUAUGUUUUCAAAGCCAUCUCCUGGCACAGUUUAGUCAAGAGAGAGUCCUUGUUGGAAGUCUUUCAUCUUAUUUCCUAACAGAUCUCCUUCUGGAUCCAGUGCCAUUGGCUGAUUCCUGUUGGAGUUCAGGAGCUGGAAGCGAUGAGUUCCUUACCCCCUGGGCCAAGUGCGCUGCUUUCACAUCACUGGCAAGACUCUAGUUGCUUUCACAGAGCAACAUCCAAAAAGGCCUAAUUCUCAGCUUUCCAAUCUGCUCUAGAUUCACUCACAUCUGUAACUCACACUUGAUUUAUAGAAUAGAAUCAUAGAAUCACAGAACAGUUUGGGUUGGGAGGGACCUUCAGAGGCCAUCUAGUCCAACCCCCUGCAGUGAGCAGGGACAUCCCCAACUAGAUCAGGUUGCUCAUCUCUUCAAUGUGUUGAACAUCUUUUGGAAGGCUUUGGCUGUACCCUUAUAGGAAUGUUAUUUCAUUAUUUGACACUGGUAUCUCUAGAGAUAGCUUUAAUUUUUUUUUUUAAUGUUAAAAUAUUGUAACAGCAGUGAAAGUCAUAUGGAAAUCCCUGUUACGUUUCUAGAACACUUUUCCCCAUCUGCAGCCCUGCCGGAGCUGCUGCAGGGUCGCUGUGCUCCCCCUUGUGUCGCACAGCUACAGUGAACGCUGAAAUCAUUCUUCCUUUCAUGCCAACAGGCAGCAUGCAAACUUGUGCUCUGGUUCUCUUUAUUCUUUAUGCAUCUGUGCAGUUUCGUGGUGCAGAAUUAGCUACUUUUUGUUUAACUGACAGCCCCAUGCUGUAAUGUCGGUGUGUGUAGCUGCCUUGUGACAGAGAACUGCAGUCAGAUCGUCCCUAUAUUGGGGGUUUGGUUUUUUUUUUCUAACAGGAAUUUUCUGUAAAGCAGUCACAGAAAAAUUACACAGGCAGUAGCAGCUGUAAUUUCUCAGACCUUCUCAGAAUCUUUUAACUUGUCCCUGUUUUUGAUGUCAUUAUUUAAAUAUUUGCUGCAAGUUAGACUCUGUAUGUAGAAAUAUACACUGUUCUUUUCACCUGCUCUUUGGAAGCGCUUGGCUCUCAGAUUUCUUGGAACACAAGGAGCGUGUAGGUGAUAAGAGACUUUGAAAAUCAGGCUAACCGAUGGAAAGGCACAAGCCUCUUUCUUCCUUAGUCAUUGAGUACAUGUAUAAGGUAAACGUUAAGAAAUGAGAACUUCAGAUACUUAAUGUAUAAGAUGUAGCUGCUGCACGUGCAGUUCCCAGCAGCUCCACGAGUGACCCUGUGUCAGGCUGCCCACACACAGGGAGAAAAGGAGCACUGCUUACCCAGGUGGGUCCUUCACUACCAAGCACCUUAAGAAAUCCAGACCAGCACCUUGAAGGUCCCCCUGGAAUGAGUAGAUGUGACUUCUUGGUGUGAACAAUUGAUUGUUUCCUUCUGAAUUGAAAACAUAUUUUCUAUUUUAUAGCAGCUACUGUGCUCUUUUGCACUAGCCUGGCCUGCUGGGUCUGUUCUCAGAGAUGGCAGUCAGAGUCUGGCGUCCUGGAGGCAGUCCUGGUCACCCUCACAUUUCUGCUUUGCGAGACCUAGGUCUUCAAAAGACAGUAUCAGAAAGGCAGUUUUCAAAAUAACGAGCUUUCCCGAUCACAGACCUGUCUGGAAAGUCUGUAGGCUUUUUGCUAUCCAGCAUGCUUUGGAACAGGAGAAUGGGGUGCCAGAGGCUGCCGAAGCGUUGCUGCGGACAGUUCCUGCUGCCCGGGCAUUCCUGCCGUGCUCACACUGGCCGGGAACGGCUGACGGGCGUCCGUCCGUGCGCCGCAGAGGUGCCUGACAUUUUGCCAGCGGAGCUUGCUGGUCACAUUGAACUUAUCCAGGGCAAUAGUCACAGACAGAUUCAAAUCAAAAACAGACACAGAGGGCAGGAAAACAUUUAGCUGCCCUGGUAGCAUUUGAGCUUCUCGACACAAGGCACUGGUCUCCCGCAGACCCUGAUGGGUCCAGUAACAGGCUCAUCACUCUCAAAUUCUGUUUAGCACAUGAAAUGGGUGAUGAAACGUUCCCUUUUAUCUAUUCCUUGAUUCAGGGCUCUCCAGCUAGCAUCUGGCUGUGCCAGGAGGCCCCUGUGUGGCAACCCCACACUGGUGACUCCAGCGUGGGUUUUGGUAUUUGGCAACGCUGUGAUGUCCUGUGCCCUUACACUGAACUGACUGUAAGUCAGGCGGAGAUGUGUCAAGCCUGGCGUGCAGGUGUCCUUUGGGAGCUUGGAGCAUGCAGUCCUUCUGUUGCAUAAUAGUGAUGGAGUCAUUCCCAUCAGCAAAUCCUUGUCUUUUCCUGAGGAGAGCUAUUGUAUAAAUAAUAUUAAUUACUUUGUCUCUACAGUAGAUCUUAUCUAUAUAAAUGUGCAUCUUUCAAGCCUUAUUUUUUCUCUUCAUUGUUACUGUAGCCAACCCUCUGUCACUGAGACACACCAGUUUUCAGAAUCUUUUCUUUAAUUUUGAAUUUUCAUAUCACAUCUCUGUUGCUUUAAUGUGCUGACCAAACUUCAAGCUUUUCGGGGUUUGCUGAGAGUGGUAAGUGCAUGCUUUUUGGAGGGGUUGUUUUGGGCUUUGUUUUGGAUUUGUCUUAUCAGCCACUGGGUUUGGAAGUGCAAUGACUCUUUUUUGUGCUAGUCACAGAUUAUUUAUUCUUCCUGGACAUUUUUUCUGAAGGGACCAACACAUAGCACAUUUUGACUUAAAUUUCUAAUUCCAUGUGUUCCUCCAGGCAGAAACCUUUUGUGCCUAAUGAUGCAUCUGGUUAUAAGAAUUGUACAUGGAUAAAAUCUUUCACAGACCAAUAAAAAAUAAGUCUUAUGUGAACUGCAUAAUAAUUACAGAACAAAUAUAUAAAUUUGAAACAUUCAAAUUUAAUUCCCUCAACUUACAUUAAGUUGAAGUAUUUCGGGUGCGUCGUAAGAGACUAACUCAGUGGAUAUUCAGAACAAAAGCUUUUCAGCUCCUGUAUUCAUGUUCAGUGAGUGGACAAGACUAUAAUUUUGAAUAUAUGCAGUCUUUCAGGGCUACUGAUGUAACAAGUAACUGAGUAAUGGCUUAUAUCACAACCCUACUAAAAUUCUGCUAGUAGUUCCCCUUGAAGUGCCUCUUUAAAUUGUAUCUGCUAGAAGCAUGUAAAAUAUACAGAUUCACCCUACAAAUUUCCAAACCUCAGGAGCAGCCAGUAUGCACGGAUCUGUGCAGGAUUCACAGCCCUCCUUCCUUGCUCUGCACUGUGCACUCACCUAGGACAUCCACACGCCCGGGAGACCUGCCUUUGUCUCACUGAUCAUUCACUGUCCAGCACAGUCAUCCUAAAUUCUCAGCGCUGAAAAUGGAGUUGGAAAUGUUAGACUUAAAAGCAACGGCAUUGAAGGAGCAUUGCUAACCUAAUCUUCUGGUAUGUCCUCCAGCGUAGGGGUCUCAGUAGAAUAAGCAGGGAAUUCUGCAUAAAAACAGUUGAGUAAGUGGCAUUUGGGGCCUCAGUAGGCCUUUACUGUGUAAAAUAAAAAAAAAACUUGACUUUCUUCAAAGCAGUUGCUGAGAAGAAAUUUUCGGUUACUGGAAAUCUAAAGCUGAAUAGUGAUUUCAGGGAUCUCACAUCUGCAUGACAUGACAGUCUUAGUCAUUUGGAUUUGGGAAUGCUUGACCUGAAAUUCCUUGUUCCUUUGGAGUUCUUUGGUGUGAUGGCUGAGAUUUUCAGAACAGCCUAAGGAAUUUGGAUGUCCGUUUACCAGUCUUUUACUCCAGCAGGUCAAAAACGCUCUUUAAGGACAGCAACCUCUAUCCAUUAUGAAUAAAGCAAGUACUAGUAUUGGACAAAUAUUUUCUCCUACUUAGACGGUUUCCAUUCUUUUGGCAGCCCAAGGUAGUGCAAAAAAUCCACUAAACAGUUCUGCAUUCUAAACGUUCUAACAGCAGGGAUUCAAAGGCGGGCCAGAGCACUAGUCAUACACUAAAACAGAGUUUUCUAUGGAAAUGAAGUUGCUUAUUUGGUCCUUUUUGUGUAACUUUUGCUAAAUACUUCUGAAUUUCUAGGAAAGUUGUCUUUUGCCAGUACUAAUACUUAUUUUUAAAUAUGUUUAACCAAAAUUUUAUAACUUUCCAUAAAUUUUGGCUGAAUAGACCCCUUAAAUAGUUUAUAUAUCAUGCAGCCUCUGUCUGGGUAACUAGUAUAUCAUGGAUCAUUGUGCAAACUAUAGGAUGGCUUUUUUUCCAUAAGGGUACAUGAAGGAAUCACUGAACUUAAGACGUUGAAUGCAGGAAGGAUUUAAGGGGCAGAUCUUCAGCUCGGGUAAACUGGCAGAGUCAGGUGGAAGCUACUUUAUGUCAGCUGUGGAUCUUGUCCUUCAGUGUUGAAGGCAUUUCCUAUACAUAAUUUUUCUGUCUUACUGUAAAACAAUUUCAUAUGGUUAAACUGUAUUUUCCUAUAUUGUUCUGCAAGUUUAUAUGCACAACAGUGCUCAUCUCAUCUCCUGUAAAAUAAACUGUACAGAGACACAUUGAGCAUGGAAUUGUCUUUACCCGGUUGCUUUUUCUUCUACCAAAGCCACCCAGCUUUUGAAUGCAAUAUCAUCCCAGAACACUUGGGGUUCCAUGUACUGCUUUGCUGAGACCGGCUUAACGCAGCCUGAAUUUGCAAUCACGUCACUCGGGUGUAAUCAACUUGUACUCAUCCUUUUCAGAUCUUUGCAUGAUAUUCAGAUGAGUACAGUCACUCAAAUUUCAUUUUUAUUAGGAAAUCAAUUUAAGAAGUGCCUGUAGUUAAGUGGUUUUGUUUCUUAGACAAGCAGGCAAGCUGACUGUGAUCAGUCUGAAAGCAGCUGCUGUAAAAUGGGCGUGCUUUAAAUGAUCUGUAAGUCUUCUACACCCAGUCAGUCCUUUACCUGCAAGUUCCAUGUGCAUCUUGAGGCUUAGUUUAAGAGAAAACACUGUUAUAAAAUGUUGUUGUUAAUAAAUUGUUCUACUUUGAAUAUUUGAGUUAACACGCAUGCUGGCAGGUUUCUGACAAAGUCAAAAUCAGCCUUGCCAAAACCCCGUCUAAUCCAACAACUGUCUUCAGAAGUGACCAGCAUGGGAUGCUGCUGUAGAAGCAGAGCUCAGAGCAAGCGGGGCUUGCAGUUCUGCAGAACACAAGCCCACCUUCCCAGCAGCAUGUGACCUGGGGGCCUUGGAGGUGACGGCAUUAUCCACACAGCUCAUAAACCUCAGUGGAGCUUUCUUCUAAGCAUUUGUCCGGUUUCGAACUCACGUCAAAACUGAGUUUCUGCAACCCCCUGCAGAGCAGCCUCGCGCAGCUCCGUGGCAUGUUUGCGCACCGAUGUGGUAAGUAGUUGCAGAGGUGUGCACACUCUUCUCAGAAAAGGAGAAAAAAGGUAAGACACUGAGAAAGUUCCAGGUGGAAGCAUGGUUUUCAAAGCAGAGUCUUUGCACCUUGCCCAAAGUGGCCUAAAUCUGUUAAAGAAUCUCAGACUGCUAUUUCAGGUGGUGGUGCACGGUAUAGAGCAGCUGGGUGAGUGCUUAACAAUUCUCAGCAUACUGUGGUACGUUUAACUGCAGCUUACCAGCAAAAAUAAUUUUCAGUUGUAGAGAACUUUGAUGCAACUUUGAAACUGAGAUGGGGACUUACUGUACAAGCCAUGACACUUCCUUGCUACGCUGGUGUAGCACCAGCACUCACAGUGAAAGGACCGGAGAGAGCGGCGGAAGCAGCCUCGCAGUCUGUGACAUUUAGGUGUAAAGGGCAGGAGGUUUUACUCCAUUUGGCACAGGAAUGCCUGUGCUAGACUUCUGCAACUGAAAGAAUUAAAGAAUCGGCUUGGAUUCCGCUGCACGAUUAAGCCUGAUUUCAGACCGCUUUUGGGACUAAGAAGUAGACAUGCUUUGUGCCUCAAGCUGUUAUCUACUACUUCAGAAGUUCCUGUUAAUUAUAAAUAAAGUUAUGUCAAUACA